GACCAAGUCCCCCUCCUUGCCAACCCUUCACCCUUUUAAUCCCCACCCUCAUCUGCUCAUCUUAGCACCUUCUCUCCCUCCUCUCCCUCCUUAACCAUCACCCACCGCAGAGCGCGUGCAUACAACAUGCAUCUCUCAACUCUCCUUCCCUUCUUGUCCCUUCUGGCCAUCCCCACGGAUGCGAAGGUGCACCGCAUGAAGAUCAACAAGAUGGCCCGCACGGCCGCUUCCUUCCAACAGGACCCCAGUCUCGAGUCCGCCUACCUUGCUGAGAAGUACAUGUCGCGUGUGCAGCUGCCGAUGGGCUAUGGUGGGCCGGCUGGCAAGGUUUCUGAGGGUGUCCAUCGUGACAAGGACCUCUACUGGACUCAGGAUACCACCAUCCAGGGAUCACAUGGAGUGCCCUUGACCGAUUUCAUGAAUGCGCAGUACUUUGCCGAGAUCACUCUCGGUACCCCUCCCCAGACUUUCAAAGUUGUCCUUGACACUGGCUCCUCCAACCUCUGGGUGCCUUCUAUCAAGUGCACUUCGAUCGCUUGCUUCCUUCACCAAAAGUACGACUCAGCCGCCUCUUCCACUUACAAGAGCAAUGGGACCGCCUUCGAGAUCCACUACGGCUCCGGCUCCAUGGAGGGCUUCGUUUCCAACGACCUGCUUACCAUCGGCGAUCUUCAGGUUCAGAAGCUGGACUUUGCUGAGGCCACCAAGGAGCCCGGCCUUGCCUUCGCCCUCGGCAGGUUCGACGGCAUUCUCGGUCUUGCCUACGACACCAUCUCCGUCCUCCACAUGACCCCCGUCUUCUACCAGAUGAUCAACCAGAAGCUGCUCGAGAACCCUGUCUUUGCCUUCCGUCUCGGCAACUCAGACGCUGACGGUGGAGAGGCUACCUUCGGUGGCAUUGACGAAAGCGCAUACACCGGUAAGAUCGACUACGUGCCGGUGCGUAGAAAGGGUUAUUGGGAGAUCGAGCUCGACAAGAUCUCCCUCGGCGGCGAAGAUCUUGAGCUCGAGAGCACUGGUGCCGCCAUCGACACCGGCACUUCCCUUAUCGCUCUUCCUUCCGAUAUCGCUGAGAUGCUCAACAAGGAGAUCGGCGCGACUAAGUCCUGGAACAACCAGUACACUGUAGAGUGCAGCACUGUCGAUUCACUGCCUGAGCUCACGUUCUACUUCAAUGGCAAGCCCUACCCUUUGUCCGGCCGCGACUACAUCCUUGAAGCACAGGGAACUUGCAUCUCCUCCUUCACCGGCCUGGAUAUUCCUCCCCCUCUCGGUCCCAUCUGGAUCGUUGGUGACGUCUUCCUGAGGAAGUACUACUCUGUUUACGAUCUCGGUCGUAAUGCCGUUGGCCUUGCUAGCGCCGCUUAAAUUAUGCCUCUCCUUGUAACUGAAACUGUUUCUGACUGCAUACGUUUCGUGUACUUCGUUGUCGCGUCGGAUGCCUUGCGAGUCCUAUCACUUAAUGCCCGCCUCCAUUCUUUCAAUGCCCACUCCU